AUAUUUCACAAUCUAGUAAAAAUAAAGUACAAAAAUUUAUAGCAGAAGUUUUUAAAAACUCUAGCUCAUCUAUUAUUAAUAGUAAUGUAGACAAUGAUAUGAUACCUACAACUCUGAAUGAAACAGAAUCUCAAUGCAGCAAUAAUAGCUUCAUAUUUUUAUAUGAAAAACUUUGUAAUGCUAUAAUUCUCACUAACUAUAAAACCCAAGAAGCAAUCUUAUGUUAUUGUAAUUUUGGUAAAACUCUCAUUCAAAGAUGUAAUGAAUUAGUAUCAGAAAAACAAGUUGAUCUGGAAUAUAAUGCAGUUAGUAGAAUUUUAAAUAAAGAAGUUUGUGUUUAG